GUUAGACUCGGCUGCCACAACCAGAUAGACAGAACAAAACAAAAACCAUGACCACAUGCAAAAACCGGACAAGAUAUAGAUAGGUUGAACAGCGAGUCAAACCAAAACCAUCCCCCUGUCUUUCAAAACCAGCAACUUGACGACCCCAAAGCCCAAAACUCGCAGAACCCACAGAUUUUCCCUCCCGAAACACUCCUCCCUAUAAAUACAACACUGUCAUUUCACUCUCUCAACAAUCCAUGAAAAAGUUAUACUUUCAACUGUUCAUUUCCAUACUCUCCAACUGUCUGAUAUCAAGAAGAAUCCAUGGCUGAUGUUGUACCCAAAGAGCGGAAGAUCCUGGUGGCCGUCGAUGAAGGCGAGGAGAGCAUGUACGCUCUCUCAUGGUGCCUCAAGAACGUGAUUUCUCAAAAUUCUAAAGAUACCCUUAUCCUCCUUUAUGCUAAACCUCCACGUGCAGUGUACUCUGCGCUAGAUGGCACAGGUAGUAGAUCGCACCUUCAAGGAUACCUGUUUUCUGCUGAUAUUUUGGCCACCAUGGAGAAGUACAGCAACGAUGUGGCGGCUUGUGUCAUCGAGAAGGCUAAGAGGAUGUGCAGGGAGCAAGCCGAUGAGGUUAAGGUGGAGGUGAGAGUAGAGAGUGGUGAUCCAAGGGACGUGAUUUGCCAGGUUGCUGAGAAGAUCAAUGCUGACGUGUUAGUCAUGGGAAGCCAUGGCUAUGGCCUAAUCAAGAGGGCUUUCUUGGGGAGUGUCAGCAAUCACUGUGCACAGAAUGUGAAGUGCCCUGUGCUGAUUGUCAAGAAGCCUAAAUGUUCCUCUUCAGGAACCAAAUGAUUGGGGAUACAAUGAUACUUCCAUGUCCGAAUUUCAGCUCCUUGUUUCGUCCAUUGUUUAGAAUUCAGUCGUCUGCUUCAUUGCACAAUCUUUUUGUCUGCUUCUUUGGUCCUUUCCUAAUUUCGGUGUCAGUUGUUUCAGGUUUCAUGUAAAUUUCCGAGCUUCCCCCUGUAUGUAAAAUGUAGACUAUAGACUUCCUUCUCGAUCAUUUAGUUCGAAACUUCCAUACUUGGAAUCGAUUUGCUUUCAUGUUA